AUGAGCAUAGAGGAUUGUGGAAUGUUGAUUGAAAUAGUUAAAAAUGAGGGAGAAGGAGAUGCAACAACGAGUAAUGAAAUUGUUUUUGAUAAUUUGAAGGAGUUGUCACUUCUAGACUUACAAAGUCUUACAUGCUUUUGCUCUGGGAAUUACUCUUUUAAUUUUCCAUCUUUGGAAGAGUUAAAUAUAGGAGAUAGUUCUAAUAUAAAGUCUUUCUCUCAAGGAAUUUUAAGCAUACCAAAGUUAUACAAAGUCAAUUAUAAGAGCUUGGCGGAGUUUGAAUUUAAGUGGAAGGAAAUAAGGGUAGUAGAGAUUGAGGGGAAUGAGCUUAACAAAACCAUUCAACAAGUACACAAAGAAGAGGUUGUCUCCAAUUUAGAGGAAUUGACAUUAAGUGGAAGGGACGUCAUGUCGAUUUGGGAAGGAGCGUUUCAAGAGAGCUUUGGCAAAGUAAAAACUCUUCAAUUGAUUAAUGAUGAAUAUACCAAUGUUCCAAUUCAAAUCCUUCACAAAUUUAACAAUCUUGAAAAACUCAUAUUGAAAGUGAGUUCAUAUGAAGAGAUAUUCUCAUUUGGAAAGGACAAAGAACAUGCUGGAGCACUCACGAAAUUAAAAGAUGUAGAAUUGCAGGGACUUUUAAAUUUAAAGUGCAUUUCAAAACAAGACUCUCGAUUGAACUUAAUUCUUCAAAAUCUUGAUAGUUUGGCGGUGCAAUAUUGUCACAAUUUGACUACUUUGUUGCCAACUUUAGUAUCUUUUGAAAAACUGAGGACUUUGAGGGUAAGCUAUUGCAAUGGAAUGCAAAACUUAAUGUCAUCGUCAAGAGCCAAAAGUCUGGUGCAAUUAGAAGAGUUGUCAAUACAAAGCUGUGAAAUGAUGAUAGAAGUAUUGGCAAAUGAGAGAAAUAUAGAGAAAUAUGAAGUUGUUUUUGAGAAAUUGAAUACGUUGACCUUGGAUAAUUUAGAAAGUCUUACAUGUUUAUGUUAUGGGAAUUACAUCUUAAAAUUCCUAAAUUUAGGAAGAUUAUAUAUUGUUUAG